CAGUAGCGCGCAAGAGGAGUCUAUAAAUUGAGGAGACCAAGGAGCGCUCCUCAGUCAGAGCGCGAAGUAUAUCUAAUGCCUGAGGAUCUAACUUUUUGCCAUCAUAAAACGGAUUACAUUUUGCGAAAAAGAGCCAAACAGGUAAACACAUUUGGUGGUCAGAGUGGGCUAACUACUUUUGCUCCAUUGAGAGACUGAACUUGCCAGUCAUCCUUCUGCUCCGAUACAGCUAUGGUGGGCAUUAAACCUACAGACCUAGCACCAACAGCUGCGGUCAAAUUCUUUGGUGCCGGCAUGGCAGGAUGCAUUGCUGAUCUGGUCACAUUUCCUUUGGAUACAGCUAAAGUCAGACUACAGAUUCAAGGAGAGUCGGUAGCGCAGGGGGCCCAUGUGGUGAAGUAUCGGGGGGUGUUUGGCACCAUCGCCACAAUGGUGCGCACUGAAGGGGCCAGGAGCCUCUACAACGGGCUGGUGGCCGGACUGCAGAGACAGAUGAGCUUUGCCUCUGUCCGCAUCGGCCUCUAUGACUCAAUGAGGCAGUUCUACAGCCGCGGCUCCGAGAAUGCUAGUAUUGUUGCUCGACUCAUGGCCGGCUGCACUACUGGAGCCAUGGCCGUGGCGUUCGCUCAGCCCACCGAUGUGGUCAAAGUACGGUUUCAGGCUGAGGUCCGCCUGGCCGACGGUGUGAGGAGGUACAAAGGCACCAUGGAUGCCUACCGGACCAUCGCCCGCAAUGAAGGAGUGCGUGGCCUUUGGAAAGGUUGCAUGCCUAACAUCACGCGCAAUGCUCUUGUGAACUGUACAGAGCUGGUAACCUAUGACCUUAUCAAGGAACUCAUACUGAAGUAUGACGUAAUGACAGAUAACUUACCAUGUCACUUCACGGCUGCGAUCGGAGCGGGAUUCUGCACGACUAUUGUGGCGUCCCCAGUAGAUGUGGUCAAGACCCGGUUCAUGAAUUCAGCUGCAGGACAGUAUAACAGCGCCAUGAAGUGUGCGAUCACCAUGAUGACCAAGGAGGGGCCCAAAGCCUUCUAUAAAGGAUUCGUGCCUUCCUUCCUGCGACUGGGGUCCUGGAACAUUGUGAUGUUUGUGUCGUAUGAGCAGAUUAAACGGGCUAUGAUGAGAGCACAUCAAUCCUGGGAGUCACCAUUCUGAUCCAUGUCCUGUUUGAGCUUGUUUCUAUGUUUCUAUUGGACAAAGCUGUGCCGGCAUGGCUGAGUAAGUUGUCUCACGAGGUUUACAAUGCCUCCGGUACUCCUUAAUGCCUCCUUUAAAAAUUCAGCAGUGGUCUUUGCCUAGCCUGAGAUGGAAUGGAUUAUGGAGUACGUAACGUGGAAAUGCAAAGGGCCUCAGGAUGGUAUUUACCACCUGACUGCAGUUCCAGGGCCUGCACACAGGAUAGAGAAUGGAGUAGACAGAUGCAGCCAGAUCAGGUCUGGGAACAAAUGGCUCUUUUUAGAGUGUCAGAAAGUGUUUCUUAUAUUCUUCAAUUUAUUUCCAAUGACUGUGUAAAAGAAAUGUUUACAGGUAUUUGUGCUGCUUCAAUUUUGUAGCAUAUCUUUUUAUGUAUCUCUUUGUUUACAUGAAAUGUUCUCAUUAAGAUGAGAGCGCUUGGUGCAUCACUGGUUGAUCAUCACAGGGCUGAAAUCUAUUUUGUAAUGCCAUACAUUGUCUUUACCCAAAACAAAUAAUGUAUAUGCAUAAAGCUGCAACUUUUCAA